GUUAAAUAAAAAUGGGUUUAAAAAAUAAAAGAAACUAAGAUCAUAUGCUAUCAUAGAAACAAUUAAGUGUUGGUUUUCAAUUUUAAGACGAACUUCUGUUUAGUAUACCUACAAGUGUUUAAUUAUAAUUGCAUACGUUUUAAUUAUAUUUUAAAAAUAACAUAAAAAUGGGUCAUCUAUUCAUGUCCGAUCGAACGUAUACAAAUAAGGCAAUCGUAUCAAAUGUUCAACAAGAACAUAAAUCAAGACGACUUGAACCUAAAAAUGAUUCAUCGACGGCUAAUGAUGCUGUGCUAAUUGCACAUGAUGAGCUUAUGAAUGAAGCAAUUAACGAUUUCACAAUAGAAAAAAAUAACGGCAAAACAUAUAACACUUCCAAGAAGGUACUGCUUUCGCCCGUUUAUCAUACUAAUUUGGAUGAAUAUACAAGAUCAUUUAAAGGAGAUACUGCUUUGGGUGUCAAUUUCAAAGCGCCUCUAAAAUGGGAUAAAGUGAUACAAAUUUCAUUACUGCACAUCGUUGCAGUUAUUUGCAUUUUUUUAUAUCCAAUGGAAAAAUUAAAUUUAUAUACAGUCGUAUGGGCGUUUUUUACUGGUGGAGUAGCAGGUUUUGGAGUCACCGCUGGCGCUCAUCGUUUUUGGACACAUCGUUCAUACAAAGCCAAUACUGCAUUGCGCAUUAUACUGAUGUCUUGCUUUUCUCUCGCCGGACAGAAUACAUUAUAUGAUUGGGUGCGAGACCAUCGUGUACAUCAUAAGUACUCAGAAACAGAUGCAGACCCACAUAAUUCAAAUCGAGGAUUUUUUUUUGCUCACGUUGGUUGGCUUAUGAUGUUAAAGCAUCCUGAGGUGUUACGCCGAGGACGACAAAUCGAUAUGAGUGAUGUAUUAGCCGAUCCAGUUGUUCAGUUUCAUCAAAAAUAUUUUAUCCCAUUAAAAAUGUUGUUGUGUUUUAUUCUACCAACAAUUGUACCCAUAUAUUUUUGGAAUGAAGAAUGGUAUCUAGCCUUUGUAACCCAAUGUAUAUUCCGUUAUGUAAGCAGUUUAAAUUUUACAUGGUCUGUUAAUAGUGCAGCACAUAUGUGGGGAACACGUCCUUACGAUAAACGUAUUUUUCCAACUGAAAAUAUUUAUGUGUCCAUACUCGCAAUGGGUGAGGGUUGGCAUAAUUAUCAUCAUGUUUUUCCUUGGGAUUAUAAGGCUGCAGAGCUUGGAAAAUAUUCCGUCAAUUUUACAACAAUGGUUUUAGAUCUAUUUAAAAAAAUUGGUUGGGCAUGGAAUAUGAAGGAACCUUCUAAAGAAUUAGUGCGAAAAACACUUGAAAAAUAUGGCGAUGGUACACAUGCAUUUGCAGCAAAAUCUAAUAGUUAUAUAAAUGCACAUUGUCAUAUGCCUGAAGUACCGGAUCCUGAAUUCAAGGAUGAGGACGAUGACGCUGAAUCAAGUAGCACUGAAAGUACAAAGCUUGAUGAAAACGAAAACCUAAAAUCGAAAAAAUGCUAACAUAGAAUAUAUAGUAUUUAUACCAAAAGAGAAACAGUCACUCCGAAACAUGAAUACAAUAUAUAAAAUAAACUAAUGGGAAUUCUUGGUGGUUAAGUCUUUAUCACAUGCCUAAUUGAUAGUACAUUGAAGAACACUAUAAACAAAAUAAAAUUAAGAAAUAUUUUUACCAAUAACUAGACUUAAAAAUUAUUCAAAUUGUAUUAAUUAAUCUUUUUGAAUAUGCGCUGGGGCUAUAAAUUUUACAGAGAUAAAUUUGAACUUACAUAUCUUAAAAACGUUACAUAUUGUAUAUUACAUAUAUAUAUAUAAAACUAAUAAAUUAAUUGG